CUGGGCUCAGCGAGAAGCUGAUUAGUGCCACUCAGCAGACACAGGUGGUGGUCGGUUGUGUCUGAUAGAAGAUCCGAAAACACAAAAAAGCACCAUGAAGAACGAAGGUAUAGAGGGCACGGAGAGGUUCCUGAGUCCGGACAGAGGCAGAGGCCUGCGGGCGGUGAGACACUUCGCGGUGGGGGAGCUGGUGUUCGCUUGUCCUGCUUACUCCUACGUGUUGACAGUGAAUGAGAGAGGGGCUCACUGUGAGCAGUGCUUCACCAGGAAAGAAGAUCUUUUUAAGUGUGGAAAAUGUAAGCAGGCCUACUACUGCAACAUUGACUGUCAGAGAGGUGAUUGGCCCAUGCAUAAAGUGGAGUGUGUAGCCAUGUGUGCCUAUGGGGAGAACUGGUGUCCAUCAGAGACCGUCAGACUGGUGGCCAGAAUCCUCUUGAAACAGAGAGUCACAACAGAGCGGACCCCUUCAGAAAGGCUGCUGCUGCUCAAAGAGUUUGAAGCCCAUUUAGAUAAGAUGGACAGUGAGAAGGAGGAGAUGAACCAGACAGAUAUAGCAGCCCUACACCACUUCUACUCCAGACACCUAGGCGACCUCCCUGACGAUCAGGCCCUCACUGAGCUCUUUGCGCAGGUUAACUGUAAUGGUUUUACCAUAGAGGAUGAGGAGCUCUCUCAUCUGGGAUCAGCUGUUUUUCCCGAUGUAGCACUGAUGAAUCACAGCUGUAGUCCUAAUGUCAUAGUGACCUAUAACGGCACGGUGGCUGAAGUCAGAGCUGUGCAAGAGAUCAGCCCUGGAGAUGAGAUCUUUAACAGUUACAUAGACCUGCUCUAUCCUACAGAGGACAGGAAAGAGAGGUUGUUAGAUUCCUACUUCUUCACAUGCCAGUGUACUGAGUGCACCACCAAGUCUAAGGACGAAGAAAAAAUGAAGGUCAGGAAGCUGAGUUCUCCACCAGAGCCAGAGGAAAUCCGAUCCAUGGUCCAUUACGCCAAGAAUGUCAUCGAGGAGUUCAGGAGAGCCAAACACUACAAGAUCCCCAGUGAGCUACUGGAGAUGUGUGAGCUCAGCCAGGAGAAGAUGGGCACCAUAUUUGCUGACACCAACGUCUACAUGCUGCACAUGAUGUAUCAGGCCAUGGGCGUCUGUCUCUACAUGCAGGAUUGGGACGGAGCCAUGAGCUACGGAGAGAAAAUCAUUCAGCCAUACAGCGUACAUUACCCAGCCUACUCUCUGAAUGUGGCGUCUAUGUAUCUUAAACUGGGACGUCUGUAUUUGGGGCUGGAGAGGAAAACACAAGGAGUCAAAGCCCUGAAGAAGGCAGUGGCCAUUAUGGAGGUGGCUCAUGGGAAGGAUCACCAUUAUGUAGCCGAAGUUAAACGAGAAAUCGAGGAGCAGAAGUAAUAAAAGAAAAAAGGAGGAUCAGGAGGGGGAAAAAAGAUUAAGAAGAGAGGCACUGGUGGGAGGAAGCCCUCGAAAAACAGCAGCAACACAUCAUAACUGCAUGGCAUGCAUCUUAAACCUCUGUGUUUUUACAACCUUUUUGAUGCUCACUCCAUUGGUUUUCCUGCUUCUCUUCAGGCAGGAUAUCUUUGUCCAUUCUGUCUUCAGCAUAUUUUGGCUGAGGAUGACCACACUUACCAUCUACAGCUGUCUACUUCCGGUCAAAUCUGAACUUAAAUGCAGAAAGUUUUAAUGUAAAAAAAAAAAAAAAAAAAGAAUUGAAAUGAACGAAAGUGUCUGAAACAUUUCACUUUUCUAAGGCUCUGCAGGUUUCUCUCAUUUACAGCAAUUAAAUGGCUUCUUUAGCAUGAUAUCCUUAUAUCUGCAGUUCAAUAUUUGUAUGUUUUCAACCUUAUUUGAAAAUGUUGGUUUCCUGUGUCCUGAAGCUCAUUAAACCCAUACAACACCCACCUGUACCUCCAUAAAGGAUCACAUCAGUUGAUAAAGUAGUACUGCCCUCAAAGCUGCCUUUUGGAAGAAACAAGGCUUUCAUUGAGAACUACAUGAGACCAUUUUUCUGGAAUGGUUUUUGCCCAGUUUUUGUUUCCUUGUGAGUCUGAAAUCAUUCUCUGUUGGCCCUGUUGGUCUUGACUGGACAUGUGAACAGACAGUAUUUUUCACUGGCAGCAGUUUGAGCUCCAUCGCAGAUGAUUAGUAAUUUGGAAUUCUGUUCAAACUGGUGAGUUAUGGAGGGUAUUACUACACAUUUAACAGCCAAAGCAUUUUAAUGCUAUCAAAUAUUCAGCAACUGAGUUUCUGGUUUUCUUGAUUUUUUUUUGUUGUUGUUUAAACUGUGAAAAAAUGAUAACAGACCAUGCAUCAGGUCAUCAGAGGAGAGGAAUGCAAAAAAAAAAAAAAAGCCUACUCCUGAAUGAAUAAUCAGCGAUGAUUGGCUUGUUUUGUAUAACUUUCUGCCUGUUUUAAAGAACCAGAAAAUGUUGCAUGUUUUAUUUUUUAUGUUGUUUUGUUUUUUUUUCAUAUGAGGCUUGUUGACCAAAAUGGCCAUGGGUUUAACUGACAAAGAACCAGCUAUAAUCAUCUGUUCAGUGUAUCCUUUAACUACCACAUUGGUACUAUGAUAGCUAUUAGGAAGGAAAAAGGGUGCAACAUCGUAGCUUUUGUUGCCUUUUGUCAAGAGAUAAAAGAUUUUUUAGUGUUUCCUCAAAUGCUUCAUGAGUCCAGAUUGUAAUGACUCUGGGACUGGACCAUCAAGUCACUUUAGCAGCAGUGCACAGAUUAACAGACUAAAACGCAGCAGACAAACCUUUUUACAUUUUGUUAAAAUUAUACACUGGCAUGGAGAAUAUAAUCAUUCUCAACAUACAUUUUAAACUUUAAAGCAACAAGAAUGAAUGCGAUAUUUCCUAAAAAGGGAAAUGCAUCUCCCUUUUUUACAUUCUUGUAAGAUACAUAGACUGGGGUAACUUAAAGACCAUGAUUUACAGCAGUUAUUGUACCAACAUGGUAUUUUAUGGAAGCAUUUCCUUAAGUAGGAAUGGGUAUGUAAACCAAAUGUCAACAAUCUAUGUGGGUGGUAGAUUAAGGUUGAGAAAAUUGAGGGGAAAAAAGUUUCGGUGUUACAUUGUUUUUAAUGGGUGCUUUAGAAACCAAGACCCUUAAAUCAUGAUGAGGAGAAACCUGUACCUUUCUCUCUGCUGAGAUUAGAAUUGAGUUCAUCAUCAUCUAAAAAUCCUGAGUCAAAGGCAACUGGAUUUACUUUCUGCCGUGCUUUUAUAAAUUUGAGGCUAAACCGAGUGCGAAUGAGGUUGAAGGUUACGGCAAUGCAAAGAUUAUUACUCGUGUCUUAAUUGAGGGCUUCUUGUUGUUCAUGACAAAAUUAUGUAAAAAUAGCAAACCUGUUUCAUUUCAUUGUAUCCGUUUCUGUCAGUGAACAGUUGUACCGCCAGAGGAACUUAAAUCACAGGUCAAAAUCCUUCUCAACAGAUGUAGCUUCUCCAUCUUGUUUACUAUGGAUCCAGUUUUAUGCACCACAUGAAUCUGGAGUACUGAGCACUAUAAAUAACCCACUGUCAUGAGUUGUCUUUUGUCACACUCUGUAGCAGCUCCUGGGUACAGUGGGCGACUGGAUUUCUCACCUGCAAAAAUGUAUCUAGAAAGUGCCUGCCUUACAGCUUUGUGUAGGUAAUCCAAAAACACAAUUGUAAAAGCUCAGUUCUUCAUGGUUAUUUUUAUGUACAUUUUUACAGAGGAAAGACACAAAAGUGAGUUUGCAGACUGGUUUACACUAGCAAAAAAUCCAACAAGGACCAUCUAAGCCCUGUUUGCCAGAUUUGAGCACUUCUGGUCACGCAUAAGAUGCAUAAAGUUUGUUUUCAUUUUCAGAGAUAUCUUGAAAGAGAAAAAUUGUGGUACAAAGGUUAAAAUAUUGCAAUCUAUACUCAUGCUGCAUCAUGUAUAAAAGCAGAUGAUGAAUUGAAAGGCCACCCAUGUGAUGUUUUCUGCCAUUUCUGUAAGGAACCGAUACUUUAUCAGGCAUGAAUGUUAUUCUAAUGGAAUGCAUACUAAAUCCUGAGCCUCUUCUUUCUGUACCAUGACAGUGGAUCCCAAUAAAUUACAGUAUGAUAUUU